AUGAGGGAUGAAUUCUCACAAGAACCUUCAAUCGAACCACAAAUUCAAUCGUCAAGAGAUGGUAUAAUAGAUGAAGAUGAAGAAGAUUCAAAAAGAAUAAUAGAAACUUCAAACACAACAAAGAAAUCAAAUGUUAUAAUUCAUCCAAGGUUGAAACCAAUGCCGUUUAAAAUAAAAGAUACUUACCCAACAAAUACUCCUACACCAACAGAAAUAUGUUCAAUUGAAAAUUGUACUUUUUAUCAAAAUGAAGAAUUACCAGUAAAUAGACGAGGUUUCAAAUAUAAAUUAUGUCGACCUAAUCCUUUAUUCACAUCAAAUUAUUAUUCCACUACUGAUAUUGAACCAUAUGAAGUUUCAUUAUCUUGGUUUGAUAGAUCUACUGGCUCAUAUUUAAGUAAGGAUUGCAAAUCUUUAACUUCUAACCAGGGGUGGAGAUCAGUUAGAUCAAAUAUUGGAAUAAGAGAAGGUUCAUAUUUUUUUGAAUUUAAAAUUUUAAAAUCUGAUGAGAACAGUCAUGUAAGAAUUGGAUUGGGGAGAAGAGAAGCAAGUAUUGAAGCACCAGUAGGAUUUGAUGGUUAUGGAUAUGGGAUAAGAGAUGUUGGAGGAGAAUUAAUGUUCAUAAGUAGGAGGAAAAAUGUGUUGAUUGAAAAUGGGUUUAGAGGUGGAGAUGUAAUUGGAUUUGAAGUACAUUUACCUUCAUUGGAAGAACAUAAAAAAGAUAUACAAGAAUUUGUUGAAUUAAAGAAACAGGAAAUACCAACUGAUCAUAAAAUCAAAAAAAGAAAAACCACCAAAAAUAAGAAAUUCAAUAAUGUUGAAAAUAAUGAAAAAUUUAAUGAAUAUAAUAAUAUUGUAAGAGAUCAAAUACCAACAAAAUCAAAAGGUGUAUUGUAUUAUGAUCAAUUUGAGUAUACAAGUACUAAAACAAUGGAUCAUUUAUUAAAUCCCAUAACAGUAUUUGGAGAAAAAGCAGUUGUUGAAAUGGAUGAUAAAACAAAAAAUAUUCCAAUAAUAUCUAACUCACAAAUCAUCUUAUACAAAAAUGGAACCAAGCAAGGUACGAUAGAUAAUUUAUAUUCAUUUUUACCAACAAAUAUUGAAGAAAUUGAAGAAAUUAAUCUUGAACCAAAUUUAAAACAACAACUGAAUACCAAUUAUAAAAACACUGAUGAUAAUACUUUAGGUUAUUAUCCAAUGUUAUCAACUUUUCAAAAUGGAGCAGUAACUUUAAACGCUGGACCUGAUUUUGAAUUUCCACCAACAACCACAAACAUAAAACCAUUGAGUGAUCGAUAUAACGAACAUGUUAUUGAAGAAUGGUAUUGGGAUAUUAUUGAUGAAGUUGAAGCUCAAUAUUUAGAUAGUUUUGAAUAG